UGUGACUUCGUUUGUCUAUUCUUGGACUCCUUUGAGCAUUUUUGUCGUUGGUCAGUGAAGAACCGGGAGUUCUCUUUAUCGGAAGUGGCCCGGGCAACCCUAUCGUUUAAACCUGAACGUGCAACUAAUGCGGCAGUUAAACGAACCCCUGUACCGGAAGUGGAAGAGCAAAGUCUAGAACUUAAGCAGCAUCAGCGCAUGGGCAGACUCUUAGUGGAGGGGGACAUCUGCACCUUCGUCGAAGCGCUCCUCAUCCUCUGUACGGCUCUGACUUCCGGUCCAGCAGUCCGAGUUUGCCUGUGAGCUUGCGACGAAAUUAGCCGGGACCGUGCCGCAGCAUCGAAGGGAGCAACCUACGGUCGAGUUGGAACGUGCGCUCCUGACAUCAAGUUUAUUUAAACCUGCAUUAACUCAUCCGGGCGAACGGCGAACCCGUCAGCGAACCGUUGAGCCAGCGUGUCGUGACACCUUGAAACCUGGACGAAACUGCUCACACUACGUAGCCGACGAAGCCUGGGGGUGUCUAGCUAAUCCGGAAUGAUGAGCCUCCGCUACAGUUUGGGACGAGAGCCUGAAGCAGCGGAUCAGGAUGUGGAAAUCCCUUUGAAGAGCGCAGAUUCUCAUUCCAAGGCGAGUCAACGCAGUACUCCAGCACAUCUUCGGAGCCCUGUAAGGGUGAAAAAUCUGAAGUGCUUAGUUUGUGACAAGAGUUUCAGUUUCCCAAGUCACGUGAAGCGUCAUCUUCUUACCCACUCCGGAGAGAAGCCUUUUGAGUGCACCGUUUGCAACAUGAAGUUGAGUAGCGCAAGUCAUGUGAAGCGUCAUCUUCUUACCCACUCUAGGGAGAAGCCUUUUGAGUGCACUGUCUGCAAUAAGAAGUUCAGUUCCGGAUGUGAUCUCAAGAGUCAUCUUCGUAUCCACACAGGGGACAAGCCUUUUGAUUGCACUGUUUGCAACAUGAAGUUGAGUAGCGCAAGUCAUGUGAAGCGUCAUCUUCUUACCCACUCUAGGGAGAAGCCUUUUGAGUGCACUGUCUGCAAUAAGAAGUUCAGUUCCGGAUGUGAUCUCAAGAGGCAUUUUCGUAUCCACACAGGGUACAAGCCUUUUGAGUGCACUGUCUGCUCUAAGAAGUUCAGUUCCGGAAGUGAUCUCCAGCGUCAUCUUCGUUUCCACACAGGGGACAAGCCUUUUGAGUGCACUGUCUGCAAUAAGAGGUUCGGUUGCGAAAGUCAUCUCAAGAGGCAUCUUCGUAUCCACACAGGGGACAAGCCUUUUAAGUGCGCUGUUUGCAACCAGAAAUUUAUUUCCGCAAGUCACGUGAAGCGUCAUCUUCUCUCACACUCUAAGGAGAAGCAUUCUGAAUGCUCUGUGUCGUCUACGAACUCGCUUAGUGGAGGUGCCGUUUGAGUGCGUAGUCUUCAGUUUAAUCGUAAUCUCGGAUACCCAUUGGAGGAAGAAGUAUUUGCAGACUAGUUUGAAACUAGAAGUUUCAAACUACACUGCUAAUCCAAGUGUGCACCAGGUCCACGCUUCAAGGCGUGGACCAGGUCCACGCUUCACGGGUCCACGUUUUGAAACGUGGACCACCGCUUGGUCCACGCUUUGAAACG